AUGAGCGCGUCGACCAUCCAGGCCAACAAUGUGCCACAGCAGGCGUCAGCGUCACAGAUGCCAAUGCUGGAAAUGGCGGCGCCGGCCGACAUCUCUCUGCUGCAGGCCAUGGGCGACCCGCUGAAGCUGAGGCCUAGUCUGGAAACGUCCAUCGCACUGGGCGGCUCGUGGAGGGGGCUGGGCAGCUGGGUGGCAGGGGCUAGGCGCCCCAGCUACCCAAGGGGGUGCCAGGGUAAAAGUGGAGUACCCAAAGAGUGUGCCUCAGGGACUGUUGGUGGAGAAGCUGGAGCUGGAAAAGCUGGCAGCCCAGGUGGGAGGGCAGGUGCUUCCGCAGGGCAUGCAAUAGGAUUGGAUGACACCGGGGGAUUGAUGCGGGGAUUCUGUGAUCUGUGCAUUGGGAUCGACCGGGCGUCUUGCGCACUUGUGGGGAUGGCUGGCAGGAAGGGGCCAGUGCCGUUGGCAUUUGGGCUGGCAUUGCUUGGGCGUCUACCUGUGUGGGAUGUGGCUUGCAGUGUCAGGAGGGAUUGGGCUUGA